AUGUCUCUUCCGCGCCCCCUACGAAGAAGUCAGCUACCGACUCCUCUCCUCUCCCUCAUCGCUCUCCUCUUCGUCGCUACGCCUGCAUCAGCUCAUGGUGGCCAUACGGACAAAAUCCCCGAAGGAGAGGCCGUCUCCCCCGAUCCCCUGGACAGUCGGCUAUGGAUUCACAUCCUGCUCAUGAUCCUCUCCUUUGGCAUGAUCUUUCCUUACGGCAUGGUUUUGGGCAUCGUCAAGAGUCGUUGGCAUGUCCCUCUACAGAUUGUUGGCACGGUGAUCGCAACUGUGGCGUACUUCUUGGGACAUAUGCAUAAGGGGAGACAAUUUCGACACCCGAACAUUCACGCGAGUUUCGCCAAUAGCUUGGUGUUGAUGCUUAUCAUUCAGGUCGGGUUAGGUGUUGGGUUGAAGUUACAUCUUGAGGAGAAGAAGGGAUGGGUUGGGCGGGUUUUUGGAGGGAAAGUUGGAAGAGGUGGGAGGAGAGGCGUGGUCUUGAUUCAUGGCUGGUUGGGAAAGAUCAUGCCCAUUGUCGCUUGGGCACAGAUGCUCUUCGGAGGGAUUGUCGCCAUGGGCUACUGCCGCGGUGACCAUCUGGGGCAAUGUCUGGCGCAUUUCAUCAUGGGGUCAGCGUUCAUUGCGUAUGGGGUCAUCAUGACUGUCCUCUUGCUCGUGGGUCAAGCGUGGUUGAGAAGGACAGGCCGGAGCCAGGAAUUCUUCGACAGUUGCGUGAUUGCGGCAUGGGGAUGUGUCAAUACUUUUACCGAGCACCGUUGGGGCCAUCCGUGGGUCAAGAACGACCUACAGCAUACGAGUAUGGGCAUCGUUUGGUGGUGUGCUGGACUGCUCGGUGUCUGGUUAUCGAGAUCGAGGAAUGGCAGACCGAAAAGGAACAUCCUCCCUGGUCUGGUGAUCCUCCUCACGGGUUGGGCCAUGAGUGCUCAUCCCCAGGAUCUGCCUCUGAGCACGAUGGUGCAUACCGUGUUUGGAUACACCUUGAUGGCUGCAGGUGCGGCGAGAAUUGUUGAGAUUUCCUUUUUGCUCAAGGACAGCCGUGGCGCGGGCGAGGUCAACAGUUGGCAGCACUUGCCUCCGUUUCUCCUCUAUGCCUCGGGCUUCCUCUUCAUGGGCGCGACCGAGGAACAAAUGCAUCUUCUCUCCGACGCUCAAGUCACGCACGUCUCCUACAUCCUGAUCCUCUACAGCAUCGCCUUCUUGCUGUACUUGUUUGUGAAUAUCCUGCUGUACGUGUACGCGAGCCACGCAUGGCCCGAUGACGAGAGCAACGGGCUUCGCUCUUCCUGUGGUCAAAGCAGUUCGGGUUCUGGGAGGGGUCUCAGCGUUGUUGCCGGGCCCAGCGGUCCCGAUGGGCACCACACGAGGAAAAUGUCCACCCUCGCGAGUAUGGGCAUGAACGGAGGGACGAUCAAUGGCCCCGCGAACGGGAGCGCUAGAUUGCCCCGGCACAGAGGCACAGCCAGCCAGCAAGUGCGGGACGCGGAGGAGUUUGAGCUCGAAGGGCUCAUUAGCGAUGAAGGCGAGGAUGAUGCUGAGAGCAGUCCUCGCAUGGGGAAGAAGGAAGGUGCUCUCGCACUGGCUUAA